CUUACAUAUAAUUAAUCAGACAAAUAAUUUAAAUUAUUACAAUGGCUGAGAUAACCGAACCUUCGGAGUCUGAUCUUCACAUGGUGAUGAGUCUUGCUAGGCAAGUGACUGCUGGUCAGCCAAGCGGACAAGGCCGAGCCAAACGAACUAAAUCUAGUGCUACUUACUUGGCCCUGCAAGAAUCCUACAAAGAAAAGUUGCAAAAAUUUAAAGAUGCUAGAAGUGCUAGAUAUCAGGAGAUGCAACUACCCCAUCGACACAUAUGCGAUAUGAUAGCUAUUUACUUGGGUAUAGAGCCCAACGAAGUACUAGAGUUCAUCAUAGACCACCCGAAACCACUUGAUUGUCUUAAUAGCUUCCUUGGCAAAGACGGGCCUAGGGUUAUUUUAUUUUACUAUCAAAGUGGAAUGCGUUUCGACAUGCAGAACUAUUAUUUGAAAAGUGGAAGAGGACCAGCUCCCGCUACUGCACCAGUUGAUUUUUAUCGUCUAUAUGUGACAGAUGGUACAUUUAUGGGAGCUAAAGGGAAGGCCUAUGCAGUAUUUAAAACAAAGAAUAUAAAUCUCGAUAUGAAAAAUAUAAAUGACGAAGUGUUUUUCGUUGAUUUUGAUACAGAACUAGGGGAAGUUAGUUUUGCUGUUCUCGCGUACGAUGUUUUGGCAGAAUUAAUUAAGCCGGUGGUAACGUAUUGGACUAAUUGGGGAGACCUACCAAAGACGGAAAUUGGACGAAUGCAAAAACUUAAUUUCGAUGGUGAUUUUGAAGCGUUUGUCUUAUACCUUGACCGCAUUAAAGAAGAUCUAAGUGGUAUAGUGACUUUUAAAUACGAUCCUGAAAUACUAGAACAAAUCGAUGGCGAGGAAAAACGAGAAAGGGCUUAUUUUAAUAAACCAUUGAUUGGACAAUCUGAAUUAACUGUUCGAGUUUGGUCGAAACUUAUAGAAAAGUGCCUGGUUCAGUUUCGGCAACUGCGAAGAGAAAAUGAAUUUGUUGGACCUGUGGUUGAAAUUGAGUACUGGCGGAGACAACUCACUCGAUUUACAUCAGUAACAGAGUUUUUGGAAACCGAGGACUGUGCAGUGUUUAUUGACUUCAUUAAAUUUAUUAACAAUAGACCUGUUAUAAAGAUAUGGAGAAAACACGUCGAUGCUGUCUACGAAACAAGAAACGAAAGCUCCGACAACGUUAAAUAUCUCCACUCGAUGGAAAAAUUCUGGGAACCAUUAUAUAGACUAGAUCCCCCCGAUCUGCAACAGCACAUACCACCCCUCCUAAACGCAAUACGUAUGGUGUUCACUACAUCGAAGUUUUAUAACAGUACAGGAAAUGUAACCGCCAUUUUAGUAAAAAUAUCCAAUCAACUCAUCAAAAGGUGUCGAAUUUAUUUGAACUGUAACGAAACGAAAACUAUCUGGAGGCAACCCAAACAGAUUGUUCUAGACAAGAUUAAAACAUGCUUAGAUUUGUACCUAAGGUACUACCAAUGUUAUAAGCACACUGAAAAGAUAAUGGAAGAAAACAACGAAAAACCUUUCGGCUGUUCUGAAAUGUAUAUUUUUGGUAAAUUUGAAUCUUUUAAAAGAAGAAUGGAACAAAUUGUCUUUGUUCUAAGAACAACCACCAAGUAUUCAAUUCUGCAAAGUAGCACGAUAGAAGGAAUAGAUGAAUUUGCUAAAAGGUUUAUUGAUUUUCAUCAUAAAAUUUCGGUGCAAAAAUACGAUGCACUAAAUCAUCGCCUUCCCCAUUUUGAGGAAGACUACAAAGAAUUUAGACAAAAUGUUGUCGACACCGAAUGGGAACUGGAAGAAUUUGUUGGAGCAUCCUUAGCUAAGAUGACUGAUGUGGACAAUGUUCUUCGUUUGUUACAUAGGUUUGAGAAAUUGAAUCUGGAAUGUCUUCACCUAGAAGAACGAUACCUAGAGGCUAUGAUAAUGUACCAAGGUGAGUUGGAGUUUCUGAGAGACAAAUACAACGAAGAAAGACAAAAUCCACUAUUACCGAGGAACAUGCCACCGGUCAGCGGCAGAAUAAUGUGGAUCAGGCAGUUUUAUAGCAGGAUUGAGGAACCUAUGAAUAUUUUUCGAACUAAAGAACGGGUGAUGAGGCACAGAAAAGUCCAAAAAUGUAUUCAGCUUUUCAAUGCUCUCUCUAUGGUUUUCGUCCACUACGAAAACAUUUACCAUGAAGCAUGGUACACAUUCGCGGGACAAGUACGCAACUGUCUUUUAGUACCUCUCAUAGUUAGGCAUCCAAAAACAAAGAGGUACCAAGUGAAUUAUGACAAUUACAUUACUGAAGUUAUCAGAGAAGCGGAGUACACCUAUAAACUUGGUUUGCCCGUUCCAGAUGUGGGUCAAGUAUUAGUGUUUUGCAAAGAAAAAAUUCUUAACUCAUUUGAAGUGGUUAAAUCGCUGAUCCAGAAGAAUGAUCAAAUUAGAAAUAAUAUUCCACUACUCUUUUUACCGAUGAUGAGACCACAUUUACUUCGAAUGGAAGACGCUUUUAGGCCAGGAUUUUCGACUAUAACUUGGACGUCCAUGAGAAUUCCAGAAUUUUGCGACAAAGUUCAAAAAGUUUUAGACGAUGUUGAAAUAUUCCUAAAAGAAGUUAAGGAUAUGAAAGAAGCCAGAGUUGAUGAAGUUCUGGACACUAUAGCUCAAACUAACUUGGCAUAUUUACCACCAGAUGCUAUAAGUCCUGAGGAAUAUUUACAAGAAAAUAUAAACCACAGAAAAAAGACCACUAGAGAACUGGAACUAAAGUCAUAUUCGAUAGAACGAUGUGUAAUCGAAUUAAUUAACAAGUUCUUGAAUGCGGUUGAUGAGCCAAGGUUUCAGCAAAAUAAAUACAAUUGGUUGGACACUGAAAGGCUUUACAGAGCAACCGGUUCGGCGACCAAUAUAAUGAUAGGAGAAGACGCAGCCUUUAAAGAGAUUGACAGAAGCGUAACUAAGGAGCUAUCGUCUAUUCAUGAUGACUGCAUGGAUAUGUUUACCUAUUUCAAUAUGAAAUUGGUAGAUGCAUUGAUUAAAUCUACAAAAUAUUCUCUCGAACAAGUUAAAGAGCGAGCUACUAGCUUAGGAGAACUCCGACCUCUGAUGACCACGAGUAUGAUUCUUCAAAUACCAUUUAACACAGUCAAUCCAUCCUUGGAACAAAUCUCUAACUACUUUUCACAAGUCCUUACGGUUGUCUUGGAUACUCACAAGUUUGUGCAGAUGUGGGGCCAAGAAGUUAAAAAGAAAUCUGCGAUGAAAGGUGCAAAAGAUGAAAAGGAAAAGCAGCUCCAGAAAACGAAAAACUAUUAUAAACUAAUCUAUGAAAACAAAGAAGUAACGAGAGUGUAUAUGAGCCUUCAAGGGGUAAUGUAUUUAUUACAACCUGAUAUCGAAAACCUACUUCAAAAAUAUUUGGAGUAUAAGUAUUUAUGGGCAGAAGAUAGAGAUCAGCAGAUACAAGAAUAUUGUAAUGAAAAUCCACUUAUUGUUGAGAUUUCCGAAAAAUUCAAGGAAUACGAUGCCAGAGCGGAUGCUAUUAAACAGCUUCCUGAAAAGCACGACAUAGGUGCCUUACAAGUUUUAAUGGAUCAAUACAAAAUGGCUCUCCUGGUUGAAUCCGAAGCAUGGAAGCAUACCCUGGGCAAAAAGUUAUGUGACAAUUACAGAGAGAAGUUAAAUGCAAUGGUUGACUUUAUUAAAGCCCAAGAAAAAAUAUUAAAUAAACCCAUUAAUGAUUUAGAUGAUUGCAGAAUUGCUAUGGCCUGUCUCGAAGUGAUACGACAGAACUUUAUCGAAAUGGAUAUGGAUCUAGGACUUAUCGAAGAAGCAUUCGCUACAUUUAACAGAUUUCACAUAUAUGUAUCUAAGGAGGAUACAGAGCGAGUUGAAUCUUUGAGAUUUAAUUUUCAAAAUAUGAUCAACCAUUCCAAAACAGUCCAAGAAGACAUCUGUAACGUCCAAGGGCCAUUAUUAGAAGAACUGACCGCCGGUGUUGCCAAAUUUAGAGUCGAAGUCGAACAAUUUGAUAUCGAUUUCGAAGAGAGAGGUCCAAUGAUACCAGGAUUGGCGGCUAGGGAGGCCAGUGAUCGAGUGUUAGCCUUCCAGGAUCGCUUCGAUGAACUAUGGAGGAAAUUCGAAAUGUACAGCAGUGGCGAGAGGCUUUUCGGAUUAGAAGUUAACGAUUACCCGAUUCUUCAUAAGAGGAAGAAGGAAUUUAACUUACUCAAUAAGUUGUACGGAUUAUAUUUGGCGGUUAAUCAUAGUAUUGAUGGGUACUUUGAUAUUCCUUGGAGUGAUGUAGACAUCGAAGUAAUUUUUGCUGAAUUACAAGAUUUUCAAAAUAGGUGCCGAAAACUCCCCAAGGGAAUGAAAGAUUGGCCAGCAUACAUCGAGUUGAAGAAUAAAAUAGAUGACUUUAAUGAAACAUGUCCGUUGCUGGAGAUGAUGGCGAAUAAAGCAAUGAAAGAAAGACACUGGAAACGACUAACGAAUUUAACAGGAUACUUUUUUGACAUUGAAUCGCCUUCUUUUACGCUAAAAAAUGUUAUGGAAGCCCCGCUCUUGAAGUAUAAAGACGACGUUGAAGACAUUUGCAUCAGCGCUGUCAAAGAAAAAGAUAUCGAAGCUAAACUUAAACAAGUUAUUGCUGAUUGGGCAAUUGUAGAGCUGUCCUUUUCAAAUUUUAAAACUAGAGGUGAACUUUUGUUAAAAGGGCAAGAAACUGGAGAAAUCAUAACUAUUCUCGAAGAUAGUUUAAUGAUAAUGAAUUCACUUCUCAGUAACAGAUAUAAUGCUCCUUUCAAAAAAGAUAUCGCUCUUUGGGUACAUAAGUUAGUAGAUACCUCAGAAAUACUAGAAAGGUGGUUGAUUGUACAGAAUUUAUGGGUAUAUCUGGAAGCAGUAUUUGUGGGAGGUGAUAUUGCUCGGCAGUUGCCAGCAGAAGCUAAAAGAUUCAGUAAUAUAGACAAAUCCUGGAUAAAAAUCAUGAUGAGAGCCCAUGAAAUUCCUAAUGCAGUAGAGUGUUGUACUGGAGACGAGACUAUGGGACAACUACUUCCACAUCUUUUGGAGCAGUUGGAAACGUGCCAAAAGAGUCUAACAGGAUACUUAGAAUCAAAGCGAUUGUGCUUCCCAAGGUUUUUCUUUAUAUCAGAUCCAGUUUUACUAGAAAUUUUGGGACAGAGCUCAGAUCCUACUUCUAUACAGGGACAUUUGCUGAGUUUGUUCGAUGCAGUAUGUAGGGUUGAUUUUGAUGAAAAAAAAUCUGAUGAAAUAGUAGCCAUGAACUCUGACCUGGGAGAAAAAAUAUUAUUCGAAAAAACUGUAACAUGCCAGGGAGGUGUCGAAAUUUGGCUGAACCAUCUUCUUAAUGCCGUCAGAGACACCGUCAAAAACGUCUGUGCUAUGCAGGCUCAGUGUUUUAAUGAUCCUGAAUACGACUUCAUAUCUGGAUUCGUUCAUUUUUGUGGACAGGCUGGACUAGUUGGUAUACAAAUAUUGUGGACAAAAGAAUCCGAAAUUGCUAUUAAGAAAGCAAGAGUAGAUAGAAUGGCUAUGAAAAUUACAAAUAAACGAUUUCUCGACCUCUUAAAUGCUCUCAUUGAUCUUACAUCAAAAGAUUUAACAAAAAUGCAAAGAAUAAGAUUUGAAACCAUGGUUACUAUCCACGUUCAUCAACGAGACAUUUUCGACAACAUUUACAAGUUAAAAGUUAAGUCAUUAUUGGAUUUUGAAUGGGCUUGCCAGACAAGGUUUUACUAUGAUGAAGAGACGGAUGAUAUAACUGUGAAAAUUACAGACGUCAUCUUUUUAUACCAAAACGAAUAUUUAGGAAUAACAGAGAGGCUGGCGAUCACCCCUUUAACUGACAGAUGUUACAUAACUUUGGCUCAGGCUAUUUGGAUUAAUAUGGGAGGAGCACCCGCUGGCCCUGCUGGAACAGGAAAGACAGAAACAGUCAAAGAUAUGGGAAGAACUCUGGGAAAAUUUGUAGUUGUAUUCAACUGCUCUGACCAAAUGGAUUUUAGAGGACUUGGUCGAAUUUUCAAGGGACUUGCUCAAUCAGGAACCUGGGGAUGCUUCGACGAAUUCAACAGAAUUGAGCUACCUGUGUUAUCAGUAGCUGCUCAACAGAUCUACAUAGUUUUAGAAGCAAGAAAAGCACGCAAGCCAUCGUUUAUCUUCAUGGAUGGAGACAACGUUAGUAUGAAUAUAGAGUUUGGUAUAUUCCUCACGAUGAAUCCUGGGUACGCAGGAAGACAAGAAUUGCCAGAGAAUCUGAAAAUUAUGUUCCGAAGUGUUGCUAUGAUGGUCCCUGAUAGACAGAUCAUCAUCAGAGUUAAACUAGCUUCCUGCGGCUUUAAAGAAAAUGUUCACUUGUCCAAGAAGUUCUUUACCUUGUAUCAGUUAUGUGAAGAACAACUUUCUAAACAGGUGCAUUAUGAUUUUGGCCUUCGAAAUAUUUUAUCAGUGUUGAGAACACUUGGAGCACAAAAGCGAGCAAAUCCAAAUGAAACUGAAGAAGUCGUAGUAAUGAGAGUUUUAAGAGAUAUGAAUUUGAGCAAACUAAUUGACGAAGAUGAACCUCUUUUCCUUUCCCUAAUAGAAGAUAUGUUCCCUGGUAUUAAACUAACUACAAAAGCUUGGAAAGACCUGCAAAAAGCUAUCACGCAUAUAUGCCAAGAGCUUGGUUUCGUCAAUUAUCCUUCGUGGAAUCUUAAGGUUGUGCAAUUGUAUGAAACCUCUUUGGUACGGCACGGACUAAUGGUUAUGGGUCCCACGGGUGCGGGAAAAACAAAAUGCAUGUUAACUCUAAUGAAGUCUAUGACAGAAAUGGGUAUGCCUCAUAGAGAACUUCGAAUGAAUCCGAAAGCAAUCACGGCUCCCCAAAUGUUUGGAAGAUUGGAUGUUGCCACGAACGACUGGACAGAUGGAAUCUUCUCAACUUUAUGGAGAAGAACUCUUAAAUUUAAGAAAACAGACUAUUGUUGGUUAAUUUUGGAUGGUCCUGUAGAUGCAGUAUGGAUAGAAAACCUAAACUCAGUUUUAGACGAUAACAAAACUUUAACUCUAGCCAAUGGCGACAGAAUAGUGAUGGCAAAUAACUGUAAAUUGGUAUUCGAACCGGACAAUGUUGAUAACGCAAGCCCAGCCACUGUAUCCCGAAUGGGUAUGGUAUUCAUGAGUUCUUCGGUCCUUCCUUGGUCACCGAUCUUAGAGGCUUGGUUGAAAACUAGAUCAGCGCAAGAAGCUGAUUCUAUCAGAAAUCAUUUUAACAGAUGCUAUGAUGACCUUCACGUUUUCGUGCAGACCAGAUUAAAAGCCAAGAUGUUUGUAAGGGAAGCUCUGUACGUAAGACAGUGUUACGAUGUUUUACAAGGGGUAUUAGAUAUCUUUGAAGAACCAAAAACAUGGAGUGAUAGACAAAUAGAACGAUUGGUACUAUUCUCAAUAAUGUGGUCCUUGGGAGCACUGUUAGAGUUAGACGACAGACAAAAACUUGAAGAAUUUGCUUUAACCCACCCGUCCAAAAUGGAUUGGCCAAAAGCUCAGGAAGGAGAAACCAUUUUUGAAUUUGUAGUUAAUCCAGACAAUGGAAGAUGGGAACACUGGAAAUCCAGAGUUGAACCCUUUGUAUAUCCUACAGAUACCGUGCUAGAAUUUACUUCGAUAUUGGUACCUAAUGUUGACAACGUUAGAACAGCCUUUUUAAUACAUACGAUAGCCAAACAGGGUAAAGCUGUAUUGCUAAUUGGUGAACCCGGAACUGCCAAAACCGUUAUGAUUAAGGGUUAUUGCUCAACUUUUGAUCCUGAAUAUAAACUGAACAAAUGCUUUAAUUUUUCUUCUGCUACUACUCCAAACAUGGUUCAGCGUAUCAUAGAAUCUUAUGUCGAUAAGAGAGUUGGUACAACCUACGGACCUCCUGCCGGAAAAACUUUAACCAUAUUUAUAGACGACAUUAAUAUGCCUGUAAUUAAUGAUUGGGGUGAUCAAAUCACAAACGAAAUCGUAAGACAGUGCAUGGAAACUGGAGGAUUCUAUAGUUUGGAUAAACCAGGCGAUUUUUCAGUAAUUGCUGACGUUAUGUUUCUGUCUGCUAUGAUUCAUCCUGGAGGUGGUAGAAAUGAUAUUCCCCACCGUCUCAAAAGGCAGUUUAGUAUAUUCAACUGUACACUGCCAAGUACUUCUGCUAUGGAUGUUAUAUUCAGUCAAAUUGCUUGCGGCUACUUUUGUCUAGAAAGGUUUAACGAAGAAAUGGCAGAGUUUAUUCCAAAGCUAGUACCACUUACGCGACAUGUAUGGCAGAAUACGAAGAAAAAAAUGUUACCCACUCCAGCCAAAUUCCAUUAUGUAUUUAAUCUACGAGAUCUUUCUAGAAUAUGGCAAGGAAUAUUGACAGUCCAAGUGCUUGAGUGUCCGACUAAGAAUAUGGCUCUUAAGCUCUGGAGACACGAGUGUACUAGAGUAAUUUCAGAUAGGUUUACUGAAGCAGCUGACCGUGAAUGGUUUACAAAAGCUCUUAAAACUGAAGCCGAACAAGAACUCGGUGAUGACUUCGACUUUUAUCCAGAGGAAGAAACAUUCUGGGUUGAUUUCCUUCGCGAGCCACCCGAGGCUACAGGUGAUGAGCCUGAAGAUUUCUGUUUUGAUGCUCCUAAGAUAUACGAAGAAGUCCCUAGCUGGGAGUUUCUUAAAGAAAAACUGCUGGCUUUUAUGGAAGCCUAUAACGAAGCAAUUCGUGGUGGCCAGAUGGACAUGGUCUUUUUCCAAGAUGCCAUGAUACAUCUGAUGAUAAUCUCGAGAAUAAUACGAACUCCAAGAGGCAAUGCUUUUCUUGUUGGUGUUGGUGGGUCUGGAAAACAAAGUCUGACCCGUUUGGCAUCGUUUAUGGCAAACUAUCAGAGUUUUCAAAUACAACUAACUAGAUCAUACAACGUAGGAAACUUAAUGGAUGACAUGAGAAUCCUCUAUCGCAAGGCUGGUCAAGAAGGAGUCGGAAUGACUUUUAUCUUCACGGAUAACGAAAUUAAAGAAGAGACAUUUUUGGAAAGCGUAAAUAAUAUCUUAAGUUCAGGAGAGAUAGCCAAUCUGUUCGCCAAAGAUGAACUGGAUGAGAUUCAAUCCGAACUUAUUCCAGUCAUGAAGAAAAUUGCCCCAAAAAGACCCCCUACUAUAGAGAAUCUUUAUGAUUUCUUUAUUACUAGGGCUAGAACAAAUUUACAUGUAACGUUAUGUUUUUCACCGGUAGGAGAAAAAUUCCGCAGCAGAGCACUAAAAUUCCCUGGACUAAUAUCAGGAUGUACGAUAGAUUGGUUUGACAAGUGGCCAGAGGAUGCUCUUAUAGAAGUAUCAUCACAUUUUCUUGAAAAAUAUAAUAUGGUAGCUACCGCAGAUGUGAAACACGAGCUUAUAGGAAUCAUGGCUGAGAUACAAGAUGGCGUUAGUAUUUUCUGCGACCAAUAUUUCGACAGAUUCCGGAGAAGAACUUAUGUCACACCAAAAACUUUUAUAUCAUUUUUGGGAGCAUACAAAGUCUUGUACAAAAUCAAACUGGAUGAAAUUGGGGUGAUGGCUCAAAGAAUGAAAACAGGUCUUAAGAAGUUAGUAGAAGCAGCUGCAAGCGUGGAUGAGCUACGUAAAGAAUUGGCUGUGAAAGAGGUCGAAAUGAUUGCGGCUACUGAAAAAGCGGAAGCAGUCUUAGAAGACGUCAUGGAAGCGUCAGAAGUAGCCAACAAAAUUAAAGAAGAAGCCUUGGUUGUUAAAGAUAGGGCUGAAAAUCUUGUAGGGUUAAUUAGUGUGGAUCAGAAAGAAGCUGAAAGCAAAUUAAUGGCAGCCAAGCCUGCCCUGGACGCUGCUGAAGCAGCUUUAUUGACAAUCAAAGCUGCUGAUAUUGCUACAGUAAGAAAAUUAGGAAAGCCUCCGUAUUUGAUUCUGCUUAUUAUGGAUGCUGUCCUUAUUUAUUUUAAAAGAAAGUUAGAACCGGUCAAACCAGAUCCUGAACGAAAUUUCUUGGUACCAUCCUGGUCUGAAUCUCUCAAGGUAAUGGCGGAAGCAAACUUCUUAAAGAGGCUACAAGAUUAUCCAAAGGACACGAUCAAUGCGGAAAUAGUAGAUCUAUUAACACCAUAUUUUAGCUAUCCCAUCUACACGUUCGAAGCUGCCAAGACUGCUUGUGGUAAUGUAGCUGGUUUGAUAUCAUGGACUUUGGCAAUGGCGUCCUUUUUCGAUGUCAAUCGAGAAGUGCUGCCGUUAAAGGCAAAUUUGGCCAUUCAACAGGCCAAACUCUCAAGGGCCGAAGAAGAGUUGGGAGCUGCUAUGGAAUUGUUAAGAACAAAGGAGGAGGAAGUAAGGGGAUGUCAAGAGCAGUAUGAAGAAGCUAUGACUUUUAAACAGAAAAUCUUUGACGAAGCAAUGAAAGUAAAGAACAAGAUGGAUGCCGCAACCGCACUCAUAGAUGGUUUAUCCGGCGAAAGAAUAAGAUGGACCGAGCAAUUAGCCCAGUUUAAGGCUGAGACAGAGCGAUUGGUUGGAGAUGUCGUUUUACUAACAGGUUUCUUAGGCUACACUGGACCAUUUAACCAAGAGUUCAGACAACUGAUGCAGCAAGCCUGGUUGGACGCACUCAUCAGACGAAAAAUGCCUGUUACUUUGAGUCUUAAUAUAAUUGAUAGUUUAACCGAUUCGGCAACGAUUGGAGAGUGGAAUCUUCAAGGUUUGCCCAAUGACGACUUGUCAGUACAAAAUGGAAUAAUUGUAACGUCGGCUUCACGAUAUCCAUUAUUGAUAGAUCCACAGAGCCAGGGUAAAUUCUGGGUCAAAGAGAAGGAAAAGGAAAAUAGCUUAAUCGUUACGACACUGACUCAUAAAUAUUUUAGGAAUCACCUAGAAGAUGCAGUAUCACUGGGAUAUCCGAUAAUCAUAGAAGAUAUAGCGGAGGAAUUGGAUCCAGUUUUGGACAAUGUAUUGGAAAAGAAUUUUAUCAAAGUUGGCACGACGCUGAAAGUGAAACUAGGAGAUAAAGAAGUUGACUUUAAUAGCGGAUUUAGACUUUAUAUAACUACUAGAUUGGCCAAUCCAAAAUACACGCCUGAGGUAUUUGCCAAAGCAUCCAUUAUUGAUUUUACUGUCACCAUGAAAGGACUAGAAGAUCAGUUACUUGGUAGAGUAAUUCUAACAGAAAAGAAAGAACUUGAACAGGAACGAACCAAUCUCAUCAAGGAUGUAACAGCAAACAAGAGAAAGAUGCUAGAACUCGAACAAAAUCUACUUUACAAAUUGACAACUACACAAGGUUCUUUGCUAGAUGAUGAAUCGGUCAUAAUAGUAUUAAACACAACAAAGAGUACUGCUAAUGAAGUCAAGGAAAAGUUAAUGAUAGCUAAAGAAACAGAAAUAAAAAUAAAUGUAGCGCGCGAAGAGUUUAGACCAAUAGCAGCUAGAGGAAGUGUACUAUACUUCCUGGUAGUCUCUAUGGCUAUGGUGAAUUAUAUGUACCAAACCUCUUUAGUGCAAUUUUUAGAACGAUUUGAUCUAUCAAUGUACAGAUCUGAAAAGUCUCCUAUAAUAUCCAGACGUAUCGUCAAUAUUAUAGACUACCUAACAUAUGAAAUAUUUAAAUAUAAAAGCAGAGGACUAUACGAAGAACACAAAUAUAUGUUCGUUCUCCUUAUGUGUCUAAGAAUAGAUCUAGAAAGAGAGACAAUUACACACGAAGAAUUCCAAAAUUUCAUCAAAGGCGGCGCUGCGUUGGAUCUGAAUGCUUGUCCAGCGAAACCAGCUAAAUGGAUCACGGAUUCAACUUGGUUGAACUUGGUGGCAUUAUCCAAGUUAAGACAUUUUCAAUACAUUGUACAGCAGGUAACUGGAAAUGACAGACAAUGGAAAAUAUGGUUUGAUAAAGACGCACCAGAGGAAUCUGUUAUACCCGAUGGUUACAAUAGUCUUGAUACCUUUAGAAAAUUAUUAAUGAUUAGAGCCUGGUGCCCUGACAGAACAGUCACUCAAAGCCGAAAAUACAUAUCCAAUUCUCUUGGACAGAAAUUCGCGGAACCGGUCAUCCUGAACAUGGAGACCUUAUUUUACGAAUCAAGACCACUCACGCCGAUAAUAUGCUUCCUGAGUAUUGGUUCCGAUCCUACUCCAUAUAUAGAACAACUCGCCAGGAGAUUGGAAUUGAAAGUCAGGUCGAUUUCGAUGGGACAGGGGCAAGAAGUUCAUGCAAGGAAACUGAUGACCCUGGCUAUGUCCGAAGGUUUUUGGGCGUUACUUCAGAACUGCCAUUUAUCCCUUGACUACAUGAAUGAGGUACUUGUACAGUUUCUUGAACUUGAGAAGGGUAUUGGAAACACACAUCCAGAUUUCCGACUAUGGAUCACCACCGAAGUCCACGAAAGUUUCCCGAUCAGUUUACUUCAGAUUUGCAUAAAAUUCACCAAUGAGCCACCUUCCGGCAUUCGAGCUGGAUUGAUGAGAACCUAUACUUCAAUGAACCAAGAUUUAUUGGACUAUUCCGAUGCAUGGCAGUAUAUUCCGUUGGUUUAUGCCAUUUCAUUCCUGCACACCGUGGUUCAGGAGAGACGAAAGUUUGGACCCUUGGGCUGGAACAUUCCGUAUGAAUUUAAUUCAGCUGACUGGUUGUCUAGUGUGUUAUUUGUUCAAAAUCACUUGGAUGAUCUUGAUCCAAAAAGAGGAAUUAACUGGCAGACCUUAAGGUACAUGUUGGGUGAAGUCCAUUAUGGAGGCAGAGUGACAGACGAUUUCGAUAAACGUCUCUUAAACACAUUUUGUAAAGUAUGGUUUAGCGAGUUAAUAUUUGUCGAAGACUUUAUGUUCUACAAAGGAUACAAAAUUGUCAAAUACAAAUCAGUCACAGACUAUAUUGCUCAUAUAGAUGGAUUUGCCCCCACGGAUCCACCACAGGCGUAUGGACUGCAUUCUAAUGCAGAUAUUACAUACCAAACGAAUACAACAAUUGCAAUGUUUGACUAUAUGUUAGCGAUACAACCGAAAGAAUCAGGAGGAACAGGUGGCGAGUCCCGUGAAUCAGUUGUACAAAGGCUGGCAAAGGAAAUGCUGACAAAAUUACCGAACAACUACGAUCCAUUCGAAGUUAAAGACAGAUUAAAAAUUAUGGGUCAAUUAAACCCGUUAAAUAUAUUCUUAAGACAAGAAAUUGACAGAAUGCAGAAAGUAAUUACGAUUGUAAGGUCUACAUUGAGAGAUCUACUCUUAGCCAUAGAAGGCACAAUCAUUAUGAGCGAGGCUCUUGGAGACGCAUUAGACAUGAUUUACGAUGCCAAAGUUCCUUCUAUUUGGCUACGACCAUCAUGGGUAGCCAGUACCUUAGGUUUCUGGUUUACUGAACUAAUAGAACGAGAUAACCAAUUCCGGACAUGGUGCUUUACUGGCAGACCAGCAUGUUUUUGGAUGGCCGGCUUCUUUAAUCCUCAAGGAUUUCUAACCGCAAUGAAGCAGGAAGUAGCAAGGGCUCAUAAAGGAUGGGCUUUAGAUAAUGUUAAAUUAUUUAAUGAAGUUACCAAAUUAAAUCGAGAAGAAAUAUUGCAAGGACCAGUGGAAGGUGUCUUCGUCUAUGGACUCUUCUUAGAUGGAGCUGGUUGGGAUAAAAAACAUUCUCGUCUAGCCGAAUCUAUCAAUAAAGUGCUAUAUACACUAGUGCCAGUGGUCCAUAUUUAUGCAUUAUACAAUGUCGAGAUUAAAACAACCACCCUUUAUGUAUGCCCAGUAUACAAGAAAGCAAGACGGACAGGUCUAAAUUACAUAACAAUUUUGUACUUAAACACAGCCAAACCACCUGAACACUGGUGCCUGCGUGGUGUAGCUCUCCUAUGCGAUGUCCAGUAGUUUUAGAUAGACUUGUGAAAGAACAAUAUUUAUUAAUAAACUAUUUUAAUGUUG